AUGAAACCGCCGAAGUUCCAGGGAGGUAUAGAGCCGAUGAAAGCAGAAGCAUGGAUUCUUGACAUGGAGAAAAUGUUCGAGGUUUUUCCCAGCACCGACGUUCAGAAGGUGUCACUAGCAGCAUUCACAUUGGAAGACGACGCCCGUAGAUGUGUUCGAGAUCGCAAGACUACAGAAUUUCAGAUGUUGACACAGGGAAGCAAGACAGUGGCAGAGUAUGAUCGUCCGUUCACUGAGUUGGCAAGGUAUGCACCUCACAUGGUCGGCAGCGAAUACAUGAAAGCUAGGAAGUUUGAGAGUGGACUUCGAGGGCCAAUACAAGAUCAAGUUAAUUUUCUUAACAUGCCAACGUAUGCUGGAGUGUUGGAUAAAGCCAUCCUUGCGAAAGCCAACCUGAACAGAAUUCAAAGUUCGAGGAAAAAUCAGAGGAAGAGGCAGACCUAUGACAAUCGCGAAAAAGAAGCAGACCCGAAUGACGCCGAGGAGAAGACAAGGGAGGAUAGUCCCAACAACGCGAAUCAGGAAGGUGGAACCUGGCCGACAUGUGCAACUUGCGGGAAGCGACAUUUUGGGGUUUGUCUUCGGACAACUGGAGCAUGUUUCGAAUGCGGUGAGAUGAGUCAUCGCAUUAAGGAUUGUCCCAAGAUAAAAGCUAGAGGUGACAAGAAGAUAAGAUCUCCAGACUUCACUUCCUGA